AUGUUGUUCUCGAAAAGAGAAUAUCCAUGUGAGUUCAAUUCGCUCUUUGUUUUGUGCCAAAUGUUGGCCGCGGACAGUGAUUGUGGUGUAAGUGAGCCAGCUGUGGAAUUGUUGCAUUUGUUGAGAAGACAGUUUCUCGAUGAUUCACUGAUCACUUCACAUCAACAAACAACUAUGAACAAUUUCUCGAAUAACCAACUGGAAAUAUGUAAACUAUUAGCGAAAACGUAUCCAAAAAUCACGAUGUCCGUUUUCUCAGGUUGGAUUUAUAUUCACUUUUGA